CUUUGGCGUUGAAGGAUGCUCGGGUGUAGCUGCUGCUGGACGACGUACUUGGUGGGCGCCUGCGUGGGCCUGCCCUUGCUGAGCUACCUUUGGAGCUUUCUGACCGCGCCUGGGUUCAAGGUCGAUGGCAAGCAUGUCUUUAUCACGGGUGGCAGCGCGGGCUUGGGCCUCUCGACGGCCAAGAAGUACGCGCAAGCCGGCGCCAAGGUUACGAUCGUCGCGCGGUCAACCGAUGCGCUCGCCAAGGCCAAGGACGAGAUCCAGGCUGUCGCCAAGCACCCGGUCUUUACGCAGUCGUGCGACGUGACGGACUAUGCGAGCGUCCAGAAGGCGGUCGCGGACGCCAACACGUUCCACAACCGCGUCACGGACCAUGUUGUGUGCUGCGCGGGCACGGCGAUGCCGGGCUACGUGCUCGACCAGGACAUCUCGAUCUUCCGCAAGGAAAUGGACCUCAACUACUUUGGUGUCGUGCAUGCCACCAAGGCGGCGCUGCCGGCGAUGGUAGCGCGCAACGAAGGUGGCACCUUUGUCUACGUGAGCUCGGGCUGCGGCCUCAUCUCGUUCAUUGGGUACGCCCAGUACAGCCCGACCAAGUUUGCCGUGCGUGGUUUUGCCGAUGCGCUCCGGAACGAGCUCCAGCUCUACAAGAUGAACGUGCACGUCUUCUACCCGGGCAACAUUGACAGCCCUGGCUUCGUCCAGGAAAACAAGACCAAGCCGGCCGAGUGCAAAGAGAUCGAAGGCUCGGCCGACCUUGUGAGCCCGGACCAAGUCGCGCAGAGCAUGAUCGAUGGCGUCGCCAACGGCGUCUAUGCCAUCACCAACGACCUCGGCAUCUGGGUCCUUCGCAUCCUUGGCAACGGCAUCAACCCGCGCAAAAACACGCCGCUCGAGAUGCUUCUCAUGCCAGUGAUCACCAUCGUCCAGGUUGGCUACGUCUUUUACAUGGACUACGUCGUCAGCGCAUCGCGCUCGGCGCGCGCCAAGAAGGAAAAGACCAAUUGAGCGUCCGCGCACACUUCUACAUACCUGUAGCUACCGCUUGACGUCGUGUAAUUGAACCUAUGUCACCCGA